GAUAUUGACAAGGACUUACGACAAGCUAUCCAACUUUCGCUAUCGCAAACAUCUUCCUCUUCAAUGCCGUUGCAAUCAUCGCCUAUAUCAUCAUCUUAUGAAGCUUGGAAGUCUCUCCUCAAACCUCGAGAGCCCCCAAAGUGCUUGGUGCAUAACGAAGUCGCGAAAGAGUUUCGAGUAAACAAGCCUGGGGUCAAUAAAGGUAGAUCGUUUUGGGUCUGUUCAAGGCCGGUGGGACCCGGAUAUGAUAAAGGUUGUUCAAAGCGACCUUGUGAAGAAGUCAAUUCGAAAUGGAAGUGCAAUUACUUCGUAUGGAGUAGUGAUAUUGGAGUCAACCGUACGACAAAUCCAUCUGGAAAAUAG